AUGCUCCUGCUGCCUUAUUUCCACUCUGAUGACACUAUUCCAGGGACAUCAAGGAGACAGGACUCCGUUGGCCCCGACAACACCGAAGCUUUCACAGCUGUGCAGGAUUUGGCUGAAGCACUCUUCAAUCUGAGAGAGCACAGUCUGGCUCUCACCCUUGAAGAGUCCAAUAACAUUGUUGCUCUUUGGAAGAGAUUGUCAGAGCACGACAAGGAGCGCACCGUUUUUUCUCCACGCCACCAAACAACCCUGAACAAAGGCCGUAGAGCAUCGUUGCACCAGGCGUGGAGUCGACAAAACGGUAUGUUGGUCACAGCUGUUCAGCCACUGAUGCAUAUUCUUCUACAGAUCUUGGCUGAGUCCAUUUUUCUUGCCUUUGUCCUCCUAGGAGCUAUUCUUGAGCACGCAUUCCUGGACAGUGGCCAGAUUGUUGAGGCCAUUUUUGUCCAGCUCUGCAUGGCUUACCCAAACCCAAAGAGAGUGGAAGGUGUGGCAUUUUCAAGGUGGACCCUCAUCAUUCGUGCUUACAAGCACAUUAGAGCGUGCAUCCUGAACAACUUCACCAUCAUGGAGGAGACUAGAGGUCAACAAAACAACCCUCACACAGUGGUAUUGCAGACGCACCCGGACACAGGAGAAAGACAUUCUCGAACAGGGCAUUCUGGCACCAAAGCCAGCCAUUUCCGGUGAUACCAGUCAGCACCACAGCACAAAGCCAUUCAACCUGCUCCAUCACACAAACCACACACCUUCGUCCUUCAUCCCGACACGGCUGGAACGGCAAAACUGAAAGUGAAAAAGUCAGAGCACAGUGCCCACCUCAGCCUCAGAACACAGGACAGUUGUCUGUGGAAAAUUUCCACCAGCAACCUCAUCUGGUCCCACCUAUUCUGUCCAUUCUUUUAUUCCAAUCCAGCCACUUCCUCAACCCAUCCUGCCACAGUUUAUCUGUGCUCCGACUCCCUCUGUGCCAGUGUACCCUGUUGUGGCUGGGCCAUCAGCACCUAAAAGCCAGACACCACAUGUACCCUACACCACACAGCAGUACAGGAAGAGGAAGGGGGAAAAAAGGAGCAGGCUGGACUACACACACGGAAAUAUGUAAAAAAAAAACAAAAAAAAAAAACCCAGAUACAUUAGUUAAAAGUGCCAAAAAGAAAGAAAGCCAUCCUACCAUAAACAGUAUUUUGGGAACUGGUACUGUGAAGAGACUGCAAACCAGUCUUUUGAAGACUGGAGAGCUGAAAUGGCUGCACGUGGGGCUAUGGUAAAAAAAAAAAAACAACCUUAAAUGUAAAUGGCUUCAUUUUUUCCAUUUUUGAUGUUUGUGUGAUUACUGUUUGUUUUUUCCUGUUUUUUCUGUCUUUUAAAUAAACAAGUGUGAGUUUUUGUAUUUUC